AUGGAAGAGUUCAACAGUUGGAUUUAUCAAGGUGGCUUGCUUGAAAUGAAAACAAAGGGUAGAAGGUUUACUUGGUGCAAUGGUCAGCGUGGGUUAGCCAAAAGCUGGGCGAAGCUUGAUCGUGUGUUUCUGAAUGCCACUUUAAUUUCAAGAUUUGCAAAUGCUGUUUGUUCAUAUUUACCGAGAUCAACAUCUGAUCAUUGCUCGAUGCACAUUGAGUUAACCAAAGAUCUUUUCUCUUAUGGCCCUUCUCCAUUUGGUUCCAGUAGAUGUGGGUUGAUCAUCCUGAAUCUUUGGCUUGUGUUCAAAGAGCUUGGAUGGUACCAACUAAAGGUGGCCCUUCGUCAAUGUAAUAAGGGGGUUUUUGGUCGGACCAUGGCCAAGAUUGAUCAGCUUGGGGAGAAAGUAGAGAGGCUUGAAAGCAGAUUAAUACAGGGUUGGGAUAAAGAUGUUGAUAGGGAGUUACAAUUGGCUGCUGCAGAACUAUCUUCGUGGAGGCUCAGGGAGGAUACUAGGUUGGCGCAGAUGACUAAGUUAAAAUGGAAUGUGGAUGGGGAUCAAAAUUCCUCUUUUUUCCAUGCUUGUUUGUCGAAUAAGAGACGGAAAAGCAUUUCGGAUAUGAAAGUUGCAGAUAGGGUUGUUUUUUAUUCACCAAAAGCUAUACAUCAAGGAGUCGUGGAUUAUUUCUCUGGUUUUUUUCAAAAGGACCCUUCGAGAGACCUUCUGGAUCUUUCUUAUUUAAUCUCACUCGUUAUUUCAGACGAGGAGAAUGCUCGUAUCUGUUGCACUCCUACUAUGGAUGAAGUCUAUGCGGCUAUUUCUUCUAUUCCAACAAAUAGUUCUCCAGGGCCUGAUGGUUUUGGAUCUUCAAGAGCUGCAGGGAGUUAG